AUGGCUUCAGUCCAGGCAGCGCCUGCCGUCCAGCUUCCUGGCGCCGGCAUGGCGGCCACCACUCCUCAACAGGCUCAAGAGAUAUUCAAUAAAUUCAAACAGAUGAGAGAGAGUGGCGUCCCGAACACGGAUCCCGAAUACAUCAAGGCAGAGCAGUUUGUCCUGUCAUUCCAACAACAAGCCCGUAUGCGACAAAAACAACAGCAAUUCCUGCAACAGCAGCAACAGAUGCACCAGCAACGUCAAAUGCAGCAGGCUGGCCCGAACGGCGCUGUCAAUGGCGCUCAACAGCUACAGCAUCAGCAGCAGCAACAUCAACAGCAGCAGCAACAACAGCAACAGCAACAACAGCCGCAACAGCCUCAGUCGACACAACCCCCGUCAUCUGCGCUCGGCGCCUCCGCGCUGCCCGCUUCGAGCUCAAAUAAUGCCGCCGCCGCUGCCUCACCGUCAACAGCUGCUCCGUCCAGUGGCCCGAGCGCUGGUCAAUUCAACCCUCAGCAGCUGAGCCUGCUUCGUCAGCAGAUUCAUGCUUUCAAGUUGCUAACAAAGAAUUCCGGUGUGCCCUUGCCCAUGCAGCAGGCCAUCUUUGCUCAGCGUGAGCGUCGGAAAGCCAUCGCUGCUGAGGCUGCCGCCCAGGCCGCUUCAUCAACACCAGCGGCGCCUUCUCGCGACUCUGUUCAGCCUGGUCCCAAUGGUGCUGAUGCCAAGCCUGAAGUUCCUCCCGAGAUCCAGGGACCGACGUUCAAGAAUGUCAAAUCUCCCUACGGUGACCCUACGCUGGUUCGCAAGUCUAUCAGCCACUUUGAACAUACGCAACGCAAGAACCGCAAGCUCAUUCCCGGAUUGUUCCCUACCGGAGUUGACUUUGAGCAACUCAGAUACGAACGGGAACUGAUCAUCUUCAACCGUAUGAAGGAUCGCUAUGCUGAGCUGAAAGCCACCCCGGCGAACAUUGCUCACUGGGAUACCACCAAAGACAACGUCGAAGUCGACGACAGUGCCAAGGUGAAGUCCAUUAUCGAGAUGAAGAGUCUGGGCCUUUACGCCAAGCAACGCGCAUUGCGCGAUAAGAUUGGUCGUUCUAUGAUGUUCUACGACAACCUUGCCAUGACAACCAACCGGUCUGGCUACAGGCGCACGAAGAAGAUGACUGUCCGCGAGGCCAGAAUCACUGAGAAGCUUGAGAAGCAACAGCGCGACAUUCGGGAGAACCGUGAGAAGAAGAGACAUACCGACUUCCUGCAGGCCAUCACGCAACACAGAAACGAGAUCCAGCAGACCGCUUUCAACCAACGCAACAAAUCCACCAAGCUUAACAAGCUCAUGUUUGCUCAACACUACAACAUUGAGAAGGAAGAACAGAAGAGGAUUGAGCGUACUGCCAAGCAGCGUCUGCAAGCUCUUAAGGCCAACGAUGAAGAGGCGUAUCUCAAGCUGCUCGACGAAGCCAAGGAUACUCGUAUCACUCACCUUCUCAGACAGACCGAUGGCUUCUUGCGUCAACUUGCUGCUUCAGUUAAGUCCCAGCAGAGGAAGGCACAAGCAGAGCAAUUCGGUGAUGAGGACCUCCAAGAAGAGGAAGAGGAGCCGAGCGAGGUGGAUAGCGACGAUGAGGAGAGCGCACGGAAAAUCGACUACUACGCUGUUGCCCAUCGCAUCAAGGAAGAGGUCACUGAGCAGGCCAAUAUUCUUGUUGGUGGUACUCUCAAGGAGUACCAGAUCAAGGGUCUGCAAUGGAUGUUGUCACUCUACAACAACAACCUCAACGGUAUCCUUGCUGACGAGAUGGGUCUCGGCAAGACCAUCCAGACAAUCAGUUUGGUGACGUACCUCAUUGAGCGCAAGAAGCAGGAUGGACCCUACCUGGUUAUUGUGCCGCUGAGUACGCUGACCAACUGGACUCUGGAGUUCGAGAAGUGGGCACCGUCUGUCACCAAGAUCGUCUACAAGGGCCCUCCCUUGGCCAGAAAGCAGCAACAGGACAAGAUCCGUCAAGGACGCUUCCAGGUUCUGCUGACCACAUACGAGUACAUUAUCAAGGACCGCCCCAUUCUUAGCAAGAUCAAGUGGUUCCACAUGAUCAUUGACGAAGGUCAUCGUAUGAAGAACCAGAACUCCAAGUUGACCUCCACCAUCCAGCAGUACUACCACACCCGCUUCCGUCUAAUUCUUACGGGUACCCCGCUGCAGAACAACCUUACUGAACUUUGGGCUAUGCUCAACUUCACCCUCCCCACCAUUUUCAAGUCUGCAAAGACCUUUGACGAAUGGUUCAACACGCCUUUCGCCAACACUGGUGGUCAAGACAAGAUGGACCUUACGGAAGAAGAGCAGAUUCUCGUCAUUCGCCGUCUUCACAAGGUGUUGCGUCCGUUCUUGCUUCGUCGUUUGAAGAAGGACGUCGAAAAGGACCUCCCAGACAAGACAGAAAAGGUUAUCAAGUGCAAGUUCUCGGCUCUCCAAACCAAGCUCUACAAGCAGAUGGUCACCCACAACAAGAUUCUUGUCAGCGAUGGACAGGGCGGCAAGACGGGUGCUCGUGGCUUGAGCAACAUGAUUAUGCAGCUCCGAAAGCUUUGCAACCAUCCGUUUGUGUUUGACGAGGUCGAAAACCUGUUGAACCCCAUGAGCGUCAGCAACGACUUGCUGUGGAGAACGGCUGGUAAAUUUGAGCUUUUGGACCGGAUUCUGCCCAAGUACAAGGCAACCGGCCACCGUGUGCUCAUGUUCUUCCAGAUGACGGCCAUUAUGGACAUCAUGGAAGACUACCUCAGAUACCGCAACAUGAAGUAUCUUCGUCUGGAUGGUACGACCAAGUCAGACGAGCGUUCCGAUCUUUUGCGCGAGUUCAACGCUCCCAACUCUGAGUACUUUAUGUUCCUGCUCUCCACUCGUGCGGGUGGUUUGGGUUUGAACCUGCAGACUGCCGAUACCGUCAUCAUUUACGAUUCCGAUUGGAACCCCCAUCAGGAUCUGCAGGCUCAAGAUCGUGCGCAUCGUAUCGGUCAGAAGAACGAAGUGCGAAUCUUGCGUCUCAUCAGUUCCAACUCGGUCGAAGAGAAGAUUCUGGAGAGAGCCAGGUUCAAGCUUGACAUGGACGGCAAGGUCAUCCAAGCCGGUCGUUUCGACAACAAGUCUACCGAAACGGAUCGUGACGCCAUGCUGCGCACGCUGCUAGAAACCGCCGACAUGGCGGAAACGGGCGAACAGGACGAGAUGGAUGAUGAGGAGCUCAACCUGCUCCUGGCUCGCAGUGACGAUGAAGUUACCGUUUUCCAGAAGCUUGAUGAAGAGCGGAAGAAGGACCCAAUCUACGGCGACGGAUCCGGCUCCAAGGGCAAGCCUAGACUGAUGGCUGAAGACGAACUUCCGGACAUCUACCUCGGCGAUGGUAUCCCAGUGGAAGAGGAACAGGAGACCAGCUUGGGACGUGGAGCCCGUGAGCGUACCAAGGUUCGCUACGACGAUGGCCUCACUGAAGAGCAGUGGCUCAUGGCUGUUGAUGACGAUGACGACUCUCCGGAGGCCGCAGCUGCACGAAAGCAAGCCCGCAAAGACAAGCGAGAGACCAACAAGCUGAAGAAGGUGGCCAUCAUGAACGCUGCCGAGGCGUCGCCAGUACCCAGCCGUGCUAGCACGGAAGAGGUCGAGACUCCCAAGAAGAGAGGUCGCAAGCCCGGUAGCAAGAACCAGGAGAAGCGCAAGGCAGAGGAGGGCGAUGAGGAGCCGCCUGCCAAGAAGCGUCGCGGUCCGCAAGGCAGGCCAAAGGCAGUAUCGGUGUCGGCGGGGGCUGAAGCGCCGCGCGUAUCGCCUCAGCAGCGGCAAGUGCUGCAGACCAGCCUGCGUGCCUUGUACGACGGCAUGAUGAACCUCGAAGUCGAUGAACCUGAGCCGCCAGAGGAGGACGACGACGAGUCGGUGUCAGGCAAGCGGAUCAUCAUUGGACCCUUCCUGGUGCUGCCUCCCAAGCGCGAUUACGCCGACUACUACUUGAUCAUUCAAAAUCCCAUCUCGAUGAAGCAGAUCGAGGUCAAGAUCAAGAAGAACCAGUACCACAGCCUCAGCGACAUGCGCAAGGAUGUCGACUUGAUGUUCAACAACUGCCAGACCUACAACGAGGAGGCAUCGCUGCUUUACCAGGAUGCCCAGGUCCUUCAGAAAUUCUUCCAUGAAGAGCUCGAGAAGGAGCUCGAGAAGCAUCCCGAGUUGCGGGAGCUUGAAGGUGACGGAGGCAAGGAGGGUUCUGUAGCACCAAGCGCGAGCGCUAGCGUGAGCGCAGGAACCCCCCAGCCAACGACGUCUGGCACUCGAAUCAAGCUCAUCUCUUCGUCUUCCAACGGUGCCAAGGAAGCAAACGGAGGAAGCAACGAAGCUCAGAGCGAUGAAGAGUAG